CUUUGCAUUGUGACAGGUGUGGGGUUUGACUUCCAGGAGAUGGACAUGCCUUUCAUUCGAAAGUGGUGGUGUCUUCUUCUGAUAGAGCGCUUCAGAAUAGAAGGGCAUGGUCAGCGGUUUGCCUUCUGGACUGAUGAGGCCAGAAGCUUGGUCCAAGGAACUCUUCAGCCUGUCUACAGAGUGCCAAGACAGAGUGCUGUCUCUGAGAAAGUCCCAGUCCACAUUGAGGCUGUCGAUGACCGCACCACAGAAGAAAAGAGACUGGUGGACUUUAUAGUAAAGUUACAGGGAUCUGAGGAGCAUUUGGUGGGUGUACUCAACGGGAAGCCCUCUAAGUGGUUGCAUAAGGUAACCUCUUCCCGGGUGCCUGUCUACCUCGACAGUGAGGAACAGCAGGACAUCUUGUUUACUUAUCUGAGAGGAGUGCUGGAUAGGAUACCAACACAAUUGAGCUACACAGAUGAAGUGCAGUUCAUCUGUGAUGUUCUUUUUCCAGAGGCCAUCAUAUAUGCACUGGCUGUCCUCUGGAAUUUCUCCUUGCAGGAGGCUGAGCAGGUCUUCUUUUCUGGUCCAGAUUAUCAUUACAGUGAAGUGGAAGAAUUUAAUAGAAAGAUUCUCUCUCUCUCUCAAGAGCUGAAGCCUACAGCCAUUCAGGCCGAAGCCUGCAGCAACUGA